AUGUUAUUUUAUAGUUGUAUGCAACAUGUAUUGGCAAAAGGCGUCGUCUUCAGAACUGGCGCUUGCCGCUAUGAUCGUGAUGUCUUCUCCAAUUUUACUAUACAAGUUAUUCACAAUAAAAUACACAUGGAUAUGAUGUUGAUACAAUCUCUAAGACAUGGCCUAAAGGGUCAUGUUAGCUUUGAGCUUCGUUUGCCUAAGGCGAACUCUUAUCAAAGCAGAUUUCAACAUGAUAUUAACUAUUGUGAAAUGAUUAAGGGUGCGCGUGAAUCUUUUUAUCGUCGCUGGUAUCUCAGCAUGAUGAAGACAGCAAACUUUGCCAGGAGUGUCCCAUUACUCCAGGCUUACUACUAUUUGAAGGGCUGGGAUUUGGAGGGAAAUCAAAUACCUUCAUUUCUAUAUUUGGGAGAUUAUCGAAUUACAGGCAGUUUUUACUAUGGCAAAUAUAAAAAGAUAAGUAAUCCACUAUUAGAAUGUUCGCUGGAAGGAUUACUUAAGACUUAA